UCUGCGGUUGCCAUAGCUACGGUGCACCCAGCCACAAGCCUCCUCGCAGCUUGUGUUCUCCUGGCCGGAGGGAAAAAGGAGCACCAUGAGCUACACAGUGACUAUCCAGGAGCGCAAGGCCAAUGUUCAGGGCUUUCCACACCAGUGCAGGGAGCGACUGAGGCGCAAAGGCAACACCGCCAAUCGAGCAUACGAUUUCCUGUACGAUCCAUUAUUUAUCGUGUCGAGUGAGCGAGACCAUGCACAGGCAAAUGUCCAAGCCACCCUGGUUCGAAGCAGACUGAAAAAAGUUCCCAACUUUAAGUCCAUGUUCAGUAACCUGUUCCAUCAUCCAAGAUAUUCCGUGUAUUGGAGCAAGUCGGACCCUGUCCCGUCAUUUGUCAAUCGAGCAUGGCGGGGACAAGAAGCCAAACACCAAGAAGCUCUCCGGCUCCGUGCUGCGACCAAUGCUUCUUUCCAGAUGCCCAAGGAAGAGUACGAAGAUGCAGAAGUUUCUGGAAGGAACCGCUAUAAGUUCUUUGACAGGCCCUUCUUGCCGUUUCUUCAACAGAUGCCACUCAAUGUUGUUUUAACAACAGCCAAGAUAGAGCCAUUUGUUUUUUCUCCCGACUCUUCCAAGUACACAGUCAUCCCUCCCAAGUCUACUGUGGGUACUCAGACUGACUACCGGGACGCAGAGGUCCAGACAGACCCGUACUCUCCCGAAUACGUCGUGUGUCAAGACACCAUCCCUGAGCUCUUGACGCUGGCUUCUCUGACUUGGGGCCGAGGGCUCCCAGCAGGACAAGCCGAGGUGGAAAUGAUAGAACGGGCCCGGGAGAAGCGAGCUUGGGAAGCCACUCUGCCCCCACUGAGUGACAGCUCCCAGGUUGAGAAGAGGAGGAAGAUGAUGGCUGCCAUGGAGAGAAAGGAGUGGGCCUUCCGAGAAGGGGAGAUUGAAAAACUGCAGGAACUGCGCCUGGAGGUCUUGAAGCAGCUGCUGAAGAGGCGUGAGGAGAACCAGAGUGAGCUGGACCUGGCACACCUGAACGCCCAGUGGUGUAAACUGCAGGAAGCGAAGGAAGCGAAAGUGGCACAGAUCCAACACACACAUGGAGCAACGCUUUCUGUUUCAGACAUCAGAAAACUAAUAAGGAAAAGGAGGAUCGUGGAAGGGAAGCUGCAGAAGAGAGACAUCAUCAGGGAGUACGCCGACUUUGCGUCUCAGGUCUACGGGCCUCUGUCUCGCCUUGGCCGUUUCCCAGACAACAACUCAGAGGACUUUGUAGUCAAAAACCACUAUCUCAACACAUAUGAAGGGUUAGUGGAACUUGAAUCGAGUCUCCCCGAUUUUGUGACACAACCAAGGAUCAGAGCUCCAAAGCCCAAAGUCAUCACCACCAAGGCCGGCUUUCUGAAGAGGUCAGCAAGAAUGGACUAUGAGCUGGCAGAAGUUCACAAGGCACUCUUGGAAAAGAAGAAUAAAGUUCUAGAAGGAGAGAAGUCUCUUAGGUUCCUGCAAAGAAACUCCAUCCCCCAGCCUCGACUUCCAACCCCCACCUUGGAAAUAAGUUCCUAUGAAGAAGGACAAAAGGAAAUGGCUGUGAUCUAUUUGCAGAAGUUACUCCGGGGCAGAGCCGUGCAGAACAUGAUGUUCGAGGGCAAAGAGAAGCGGCUGGAGUUGAUCCUGGAGUUGCGCACCAGCCACGCCCUGCAAGAGGACCACAAGCUGGUGAAAAAAGCAGAGAAGCAAGUGACCCUGGCCCUGCAGCGGCAGAGGAACCUGCAUGAGAACAAGGUGACAGUAAUUGAAAACCAUCUGGGUGACCUGGAGGGAAGAGCGCUGGCAGACUUGUUUGACUUUCUGUCCAAAGAGCUGGUGAGGCUGCAGGAGGAGAGGAGGAUCCAUGCCUUCGCCAUGCUCGCUGAGCGCCAACGGCGCAUGCGGGAGGCGGAGGAGAGCGGGCGACGGCAGGUGGAGCAAAGGCGCCUGAAGCAGGAGGACCAGAUAUUUAUGGAGGUGAUUAAAGUCCACCAAAGUACCGUGACCUCCUACCUGGAAGACAUCAUACUGAACACUGAAGAGAGCACUGCGGAUGAACAAGCCAGAGAAGAAAUUGAGAGGAUCGCCGAGGAAAUCAAUGACAUCGCGUAUGAAAUGGAAAACCGCCGAACUCAUCUUCAGUCAGAGGAGAUCAUUGCCGAGUUGGUUUAUAGUUUUCUCAUCCCAGAGGUACAAAAAGACUUUGUCAAAGAAAAAGUGCGGAACGCACAGCGGAAGCACAUUCUGGCAGCCCACCAGAUCAUUCACAGCCACACGGAAGCUAUGAUCUGGCGGAAAGCCACUGAGGAACAAAAGAGGAUGGCCCUUGAGGAACAAAAGAGGAUGGCCCUGGAGGAACAAGAGAGGGAGGCCCUUGAGGAACAAGUGAGGGAGGGCCCUGAGCAACAGCAGGAGGAGCAACAGCAGGAUGAGCAACAGGAGGAUGAGCAACAGGAGGAUGAGGACUCAGACUCUGACACGCUAACUACAGAAGAUGCUCAAAAUGAGGAAAAAGGCUAG